AUGUCUGAUGAUUACCAUCAAAUGUACCGGGGAACUACCCUCGGUAAUACGCUGCAAGAAUCCUUAGACGAGAUGCUUGAUCACAGUCUACUAAAACCUCAAACCGCAAUGAAGAUAAUGAAAAAAUUCGAUCAAUGCAUUUGUACGGCACUAUCAACUCAAGUGAAGGCAAGAUUAAAUCUUCAAGGUUACCUGAACGCCUACAGAAACUGUGAUAAUGUCUGGACACUUGUUUUGAACAGUGUGGAAAUUAAGGACGGUUCUGGAGCUAUGCAUGUCGACAAGAUGAAGAUUGUUGCCUGUGAGGGGAAACACUCGAAAAGUGCACCUGGUCAAGGCUCACAGAAGACAGGCGCUAACGUGAGUCGCGUUGGUCCCGGUUACUCUGGUCCAACACAGCAUGGUGAUGCCGAUCCGGGCAAUGUUGACGAGGAACGCUCAGAUGAGGAUGUUCCGUAG